AUGUCCAGUUUUGAUCAACCGAAACCUGUGGUGAAAGAAUUUCACGAUCCCUUGGCUUGCGAAUGGGACUUGGCCUUACACUGGAACUUCACAUCUGACGGACCGUUAAACGUGCCGGCGGGAAUUGACGAUGAGGAUGCCGGAGUGAAAAUCGGCCGUCACGAAAUCCUCAUCCGGCCGAACCCGUCUCCGGAUCCACGUCAGCUGGUGGUCAGCCAAUCGCUGUUGAGACUGCUGCAGGAGAACGAACGGCUGAGAUUGCUCGCGCAGGAAGACGGACGGCUCUCACCGUUCAACCCUCGCCGCGUUAUAGUCAUCACGCCGACCUACAAACGAACCUUCCAGCAGCUGCUCAUGCUAGGGUUGAUCAACUCACUAAAACGGGUACAAGCGCCGGUGCUGUGGGUGGUGAUUGAAGCGACGAAAACGGAAGAAACCGCACGGCUUAUCGCGAAGGCUACUAUCGGGGACAGCGGGUCGGACAAUCCCGAGGUGGAAAUCGCGCACCUGGGCGUGGAGGAGGAAAUGCCCGAGGAUUGGGACGAGCGGAUUCUGCUUGAGCAACGGAUGCGAGUCGUGGGACUGAGGGGGUGGGUGUGCGUGGGGUGGGUGUGCGCGGAGAGCGGAUGGGUGUGCGCGGAGAGCGGAUGGGUGUGCGCGGAGAGUGGGUGGGUGUGGGCGGAGGGGGGGUGGGUGUGCGCGGAGAGGGGGUGGGUGUGCAGAGAGAGAGGGUGGGUGUACGCCGAGAGCGGAUGGGUGUGCGCGGAGAGUGGGUGGGUGUGGGCGGAGAGGGGGUGGGUGUGCGCGGAGAGGGGGUGGGUGUGCGCGGAAAGGGGCUGGGUGUGCGCGGAGAGCGGGUGGGUGUGCCGUCAUUUGCUCGACGGCAUCGUGGUCUUCGCAGACGACGGCUCGGUCUUCUCCCCGAAGUUCCUUGCCGAGGCUCAGCGCGUGCCGUGGUUCGGUGCAGGCUCGGUAGGCGUGCUGCUGCCGGUCGGGUUCACCCCGCUUUUUGGGUCGGAGGAGGCGGCGGAGGAGCAGAGCAGUCAGGCGGAAGGGCUUGGGGGGAGCAGGGGGAAGAGCAAGAGGCGCGGGCAUGGGCAUGGUAGGCGCAUUGCGAGCACUGACUCUAAUGAAGGUGAUAGUAGCGAUGGUGCUGGUGGUGGUGAAAGCGGCAUCAGUGGCGGCAAUGGCGGUGUUCGGAUUGCCGAGGCAGCGGCAGCAGCGGGGAUAGAGCUAGCGGUGGGAGGGGAAGGAUCAGAGAAGGGGCGCAACGAUCAAGAAACAGUGGCGGUGCAGGAAGCUGUGGUGCUUGAUGGUUCCGCGAAAAGUGGCAUUAACGAGGGUGGAGGGGCGGGAGGGGGAGAGAGAGGAGGGGAGAUGGGUGGAGGAAAGCAGGGGGUACAGCAAGGAGAGGAGAAGAAACAGGAGGGGCAAGGAGAAUGGCAGACGCAGCAGCAAAAGCUGCAGCAGACGCAGGGGAAGCAGGGAGAGGGAGGGAAUGGGGUUGGUGAUGUGGAUGAGCAAAGUAAGAUGCGGUUACCACAACGCAGACUGUUACAAGCCAGCAGCCAAUCAGCGUCUUCCAACACGUUGAGGGUUGGCAAGCAGACGCGCUAUCAGAUGCCCGUGCAGGGCCCUGUGUGCAAUAACGAAAAAGAGGAGCUUCCUGAUUGGGUGCGAGGCUGGGACGAAUGGGGUCCUGAGCUGGAACGAGGCCUGGGAGGAGGCUCGGAAGAAAGUUCGGAAGCAGGCUCGGAAGAAGAUCCAGAAGGAGGUUCGGUGGCAGGCUCGGGAGCGGAGGGGCGGCUGUUCGACCUGCUGGGUGCGGUGGUGCGGAACGAGAAAGAGUUGCGGCUGAUUGGGCAGUGCGGGCGGCGCGUGCUCGUGUGGUGGUGGAGGGCUGAAGCGCGCCAAGACAGCAAGUUCCCUGCAGAGUGA